AGUUGAAAACAAUAUUCUCUUUUUGUGUGCACAACGAUAAUGAAUUAAUAGAAGCCGUGGCAUAAAUAAUGUAUGGUUAUUUGGAUCGCUGCCCUGGCAUUUAUUGUGGACGUUCACAGCUUGAUAAUGGCAGCUGGAGCAUCUGUGGGGUUUGCCCCCCGAGGAUCACGGGUGAAUGCAAGCUAUGCGUGUACACCUUGCCGUGAUGAAUUGAGCACAUAUUCGUGGCUAUAUCUGGGUUUCAUGACCAUGCUGCCACUGAUGAUGCACUGUUUUUUCAUUGACAUGGAUGCCAAAGAUCGCAAAUUCUCCCGCAAACAAUUAAUCCUCACAGCCAGCGCUUUUGUUGAAGUGGCUCUCGCAGCAAUCUUGGCAACACUCUUCAUGGAACCGAUGUGGGAACUACGCUUGUAUGCCUGCGAGGUUCGCAAGCUGACUGAUUGGUACACUUUAUUCUACAAUCCCAAUCCCAACUAUGAAGCCACCUAUCAUUGCACCCAGGAGGCAGUUUAUCCGUUGCAAACAAUUGUGUUGGUGUAUUACUUUUUGUGUUUGUUAAACAUGUUUCUCAUUCGACCGCUAAUCAGCUCUUUGUUCGAUGUGCGAGGCAAGGCGCCGAUUUAUUCUGCUCUCUAUUUUCUGCCACUACUUACUUUAAUACACGGCACCUGCUGCGGCUUAAUAUAUUAUUCAUUUCCAUAUCUGAGCAUUGCCAUGUCUAUGGUGGCCACAGCAAUACAUUAUGCCAUGAAGCUAGAUCAAACACAGAAGGCUCUCUUGCUCUCCUCUGUGUGGGAAAUGAAGAAUGUGGUCAUCAUUUCUGUCCAUUGGCUCCUGCUGGCAUUCGGCAUCGCCUCGUUGAACUAUCAUUAUACGUUGUUGUGUCUGGUGCCGUUCCCCUUCGCUGUUCUACAUUCUGACUGUGCGAUUCACCGAUCCCGGCGAGUUUCGAGAGAUUGAAUCACGCAUUUGAUCCGGCACCGGCAACAUGCAAAUGCAAAUCUUUCACGAACGUGGUGCACGACGUUCCACAGUUGUUAUCUAUGUGUAGUUUUAAGUCGAUGUCUUAAAUUAUUUCGCAUACAUUUAUGUAUAUAUACUUAUAUAUUUCAUUUUCGUCUUUUCGUUUUUUCUUUCUCAUUAAUUAUACACAUAAUAAUAUUAAAUACAAAUCAUCAGUUGUUUUCCCCUUUUGCUCUAAAUUAGUUGGUUUUUUUUUUACACAAUACAUAUAUAUAUAUAUAGAAUGUAUAUAUAUUGAAUCUUGCACGCCAUGCUAUAACCAGAACGCUCGUUUCACACUUUAGCAGAAUAAUGCCUACAACAAACACUUCUUGAAAAUGGAUAUCAACAAUAUUCUUCCCAAGAAACAAAUGAAACCAAAACCAGAGGAUAACAAAAAUUCAGAGAUUUUGUAUAAAGAUUAAGGUCAAAGUAGUAGAAACAUAUCAUCAAUAUCCAUUCAUAGAAUACACAUUGAAUUAAUGAGUGUACAUGCAUGUGUCUGUGUGAGUGUGUGUUGUGUAUUUGUAUGUGUGUGUGUUAGGACGAGUUAAGCCUUAAGGCUGUUUUUUACUGCGGUUGAUUAAAUUCAGUUCCAUUCCAGAUCUAAUCCGUUGUGUCGCUGCUAUUUGGCGAUUUGUUGCGCUCCUCCAGAAAUUUCAAGCGUCGUUUGCGCAGUUCACUCAACUCCGAGCUAUCCUCGGUCUCCACAUCUAAACUGGCUGCCUCCGUUGAGGGGAGAUCAUCCUCCUCGGCGCCCAGAUCCUCAAUUGUCACUUGCUCCGUCUUGCUAUUUGUGGCAGUUACGCUUAUUUGUUGUGCUGUCGCCUCCGCAGCUGCCGCUGCUGCUCUCGAUGUGCUCGCUGCUGUGUCAUAGACGGAUGCAGUCGCGGCAGCUGUUGGUUCCACAGUUGGUACAUCUGCCGCUGUUGUUGCUGUCGCUGCAGUGGUUCCUGCUGUUGGUAGGGGUAUUGUAGGGGGGCGGCAGGCGUGCCAUUAGUCCCUGAUACUGUUGCAUCAAGA